AAAGUGCGAUAUUAGGACACUGCCAGGUGUUGCAUCUCUCUCUCUCUCUCUCUCUCUCUCUCUCUCUCUCUCCUCUCCCCGUACCCGUGUUCUUCUUUCGUUUUUCGUGCGCAGUAAAUCAGAUGCAUCUGACGGCUCUGCGCGUUCACAGCUGACCAAACAGAUCUCUGCUCUCCUGCUCCACAUCACCUGCUCUAUGCUGCCGAAAGGCUUUAUCCGAUACAGUUAGGCCCUGCAAUGCACUAAUCUGUAAAUCCAGGACCUCGCUUGAGUUCUCAUUCCCGGAAUGAGUUCCUCCCCUGGUCCGGUCCUUCAGUCAACCCCGCCCACCCUGCAUCGGGACCUGGUCUCCGGCAAGGCGGAUCGUGGAGGCUCUACCCUCCUACCCUCAGUCUACACCUCCCCGCUCACCAUGAACAACCAGACCGUCUGCAUUCCUUCUCCCUACGUGGACACCAGUCAGGGCUACUCACCACCGCACAGAGGAGAGUUCAACCACAGAACUCUAUCAGUAUACAGCCCAGUGUCCUCUACAGUGCUGGGGUACACCCGUCCACCCGUGUCUGAAAGCCUGGUCCCGCUCAGUCCAACAGUCUUCUGGCCUCAUCAUGCCACACACACACCGCUGUCUCUGCACUGCCCGCCUCCACUGGCCUACAGCGAAACGCACACACAUGGCGCCUGGGAAGAUGGCAAGACGCACAAUUUUAGCCAGAACGGUUCUGUCCUUACCCAGACAAAGCUGUUAGGGCAGCAACUAGAAGGCAGUGAUGGAUUUAAUCCUUCACCGGGCGUUGUGGGUAAAGGUGACACACACUUCUGUGCCGUCUGCCACGACUAUGCCUCUGGGUAUCAUUAUGGGGUCUGGUCAUGUGAGGGAUGCAAGGCUUUCUUCAAAAGAAGUAUUCAAGGACACAACGACUACAUUUGUCCAGCCACCAACCAGUGCACUAUCGACAAGAGUAGACGCAAGAGCUGUCAGGCCUGCCGACUCCGAAAAUGUUAUGAAGUUGGCAUGAUGAAAUGCGGUGUGAGGCGCGAGCGGAGCAGUUACCGUGGUGCCCGUCAUCGUCGCAACCCUCAGUCCAGAGACAGUUCAGGCGGUGCGUUAGGGGUCAGAGGUCGUUCCCAGCAUCAUCUAGAAUUUCCGCUAAAUCCCCCUCAUCCCCUCUUUCCUUCGGUGGGCGGAGCUGAGGAGAAUGGCCAGAAUCUCUCAGCUGAGCAGUUGGUGAAAUGUAUCCUGGAGGCGGAGCCUCCUCAGAUUUACCUGAGAGAGCAGGUGAAGAAGCCGUACACAGAGGCCAGCAUGAUGAUGUCACUAACCAACCUCGCCGACAAGGAACUGGUGCUGAUGAUCAGCUGGGCUAAAAAAAUACCAGGUUUUGUGGUGCUGAGUUUAUCUGAUCAGGUGCAUCUGUUGGAAUGCUGUUGGCUGGAUAUUCUGAUGUUGGGAUUGAUGUGGAGAUCUGUGGAUCAUCCUGGGAAACUCAUCUUCUCACCAGACCUCAAACUCAACCGGGACGAAGGGAGUUGUGUCGAAGGCAUCAUGGAGAUCUUCGACAUGCUGCUGGCCACAACCUCUAGAUUCAGAGAAUUGAAGCUACAGCGAGAGGAAUUUGUCUGUCUCAAAGCCAUGAUCCUUCUCAACUCUAAUAAUUGUUCGGGCUCGUCGGAGACUCAUGAAGAUGUGGAGAGCCGAGGGAAGGUUCUGAAACUGCUCGAUUCUGUGACUGAUGCUCUGGUUUGGACUAUCUCCAGAACCGGAUUGUCCACACAGCAGCAGUCCAUCCGGCUCGCUCACCUGCUGAUGCUGCUGUCACAUAUUAGACAUCUCAGCAACAAAGGCAUUGAGCAUCUGUCAAGCAUGAAGAGGAAAAACGUGGUGUUGUUGUAUGAUCUUCUGCUGGAGAUGCUGGACGCCAACACAUCGCAGAGCAGCCGGAUCCUGGCGGUCAACACCGAAUCCACACAGACCAACCAUACGUCUAGACAGCAGACUGCACUAACAGAAGAGAACAGCCAGGAGAGCCAUCACAGUACAUAUGCUAAGGAGUCAGUGGCCAAGACGUUGCAUUCUGGCCUGCACAGAGAGCGCAUGGAUACAGACUGAUCAAGUCUGGAUCAAGCAUUGGAUUCCAACCAGACCUGGAAAAGACAGUUAUAUUGUAGCUGGCAAAUGACACCAAUGACCUGAUCCAAACAGGACUCAAAAACUGCUCUCUAUCUCGCUACAUCAUUAACAUUACAUUUGUGCUACAUUAUUUGCCUGUAUCAGGUUGGCAUAAUGUCAACCUGAUAAAAAAAGUUAUUUUUCAUAAAAAAUGUGUUUAAUGUUCUCAUUCUACUGCUCAAACUUUUUAUAGAUGUAGCAGGUUUUCAUCAAAGGUGAAGUUUCUGUGGCACCAGACAAGACAAUAAUCGCAGUUGCAAGUACACUCCCUCCUCUGCCUUUCAGUGGUCAGUUGUCCACCACAAAUUCACAGCAUUGGGAAAAUCAGUGUUGUCAUUGAAAUAAUGGUGCACUGACCAGUAAACCACCACCAGUACCAGUGGAGAAAAAUAUCCUGUCUUAUUUGUUCCACUCAUUCUCAAAAGGCCAAACUAUGAAUAAAUGAAAAUGUGCACACACAAAAUA